AUGAAAAGAAAGGCAGACGGCCCCGUGGACGGCAGAAAGCCGACCAAAAAGCGAUCCAAAGAUGCGCUCAGCGACAAAGACGCCAAAGCCCGGUUCCGCACCGGUCUCUUCGACAAGACCGUCCUCGACAAGCACACCUCUCAAUACGCCUCGUCCACCCCCUACAAGCACGGCGUCAUCACCGGCCUAGUCAACGACACCCUGCUGCGCAACGUCCGCUCCGAGAUCAAAACCAACGUCCACUUCACCCCGAAAGAAACCGACAUCUACAAGAUCCACCAGAGCGGCGACCUCGCCAACCUCGACGGCCUCGACGACGAAGCCCUCGCCAAGCUCCCCUCGCUGCUGGCCCUGCGCGACGCCCUCUACUCCCAGACCUUCCGCGACUAUGUGUCGCACAUCACCCGCUGCGGGCCCCUGAGUGGGCGCAAGACCGAUAUGGCCAUCAACGUCUACACUCCCGGCUGCUAUUUGCUUUGUCACGACGAUGUCAUCGGGUCGCGCAAGGUCAGCUACAUUUUGUACUUGACUGAUCCGGACACGCCGUGGCAGCCCGAAUGGGGCGGCGCAUUGCGUCUAUUCCCCGUGGUGGAUCGCAAGGGGAAAGACGGUGAGGUGGCCAAGACGCCGCUGCCGGAUGUUGUCAAGGUGAUUCCGCCCGCUUGGAAUCAGCUGUCGUUCUUUGCCGUGCAGCCGGGGGAGUCAUUUCAUGACGUGGAGGAGGUCUACCAUGCCGCGACCAAGGAGGAGCUGGAGAAGAACGGCGGGCGCAUCCGCAUGGCCAUCAGCGGGUGGUUCCAUAUCCCGCAGCUUGGUGAGGAUGGGUAUGUGGAAGGGGCGGAGGAGAAGGCGGCGCAGAAGAGCGGGUUGAUGCAGCUGCAGGGUAACCCAGACCAGCACGACCAGCCGCAAGCGAAGCCCGUUACGGUUGAGGGGGAAGAUGAGGAGGAGGAUGAGGACAGUGACGAGUUUCCGUUGGAUGAGUCGGAUCUAGAGUUCUUGCUCAAAUACAUCACGCCGACAUACCUUGCGCCAGAUACCGUCGAGCGGGUCGCCGAUCAUUUCGAGGAGGAGUUCAGCAUCACCUUGCCAGAUAUUCUGCACCCUAAGUUUGCCGAGAAACUGCGCGCCUACGUCGAGUCGCAAGAAGCCAAGACGCUACCAAACAACAGCGCGGAGAUCGAAAAGGGCGCCUGGAAAGUCGCCCGUCCGCCACACAAACACCGUUACAUGUACCUCCAGCCUGGCCAGAAGAAGCUCGAGCCUUCACCCCUGAAGGAGCUGCUAGAAGUCCUGUUACCAUCACGUCAGUUCCGUCUCUGGCUACAGAUGGCUACUCGCUCCAGGAUCGAGAGUCACGACCUGCUAGCUCGGCGGUUCCGUCACGGACAUGAUUACACCCUCGCCACAGGGCACGACGGCAAGCCGAGGCUGGAAGUAAAUCUCGGAUUCACCCCAACAGACGGCUGGGGAGGCAUCGAGGAGGAUGACGACGAGGAAGAAGAAGGGGAAGGAUCGUCAGAGGACGGAGACAUCCCCAACACCAAACCCAGCCGGAAGGCCGCCACCGCGAAUGGCAAAAGCAAAGGCAAGGGCCAAGCCGACAGCAGCCCCAACAAGUCCAAAGGCAAAGCCAAUGCCAAGGCUGCCGACCAAGACGUCGAUAUGGACGACGGAGAAGAAGAAGAAGAAGUCGGCGGUCACGAAGUGUACAUGGCGGGCGACGACGACGGCACCGAAGACGCAGCCAUCUACAAAAGCAGCGCCGACGACGACGACAACAACAUCCUCUUCUUCCAGGCCGCCGCGUGGAACAAGAUGUCCAUCGUCCUGCGCGACAGUGGGACCCUGCGGUUUGUGAAAUAUGUCAGUGCCAACGCUAAGGGGGAUCGCUGGGAUGUUAGUGGGACGUUUGAGAUUGAAGAGCAGGAUGAGGAUCCGGAUGAGGAUGGGAUGGCGGUUGGGGUGGUGAGUGAUUCUUCGGAGGAGGAGUUUAAUGGGUUCUCCAGUAGUGAGGAGAGUGAGUCGGAUUAG